AUGUGUUGCACGGCUUCUAUUUUACACCUCUGUUGCAUCUCCCUCGAUCGCUACUGGGCUAUCACAAAACCAUUUGUUUAUUCAGUGAAGAUGUCAAAUAGGCGUGUUGCCUGCAUGAUUAUCACAGUUUGGUUUUGCAGCGUUCUUAUAUCUUUCAUUCCUAUUUACCUUGGUUGGUUCACCGACAACCCGGGCACUCUUUACACUGACACAGGCAAGUGUGAUUUGGCUGUCAAUAAAAUCUACGCCGUCUUAUCAGCCAUGACAUCAUUCUACAUUCCUUUCGUUGUUAUGGUUUUCGCAUACGCGGCCAUCUUAAGAAUCGCCAACGUCCAGGCCAGUGCCAUCAAGAAAAGUAUCCCGCGUCACAGCUGUGCUGUGACUGGUCGACAAGAGAAACUAGAACAUUCUGCGAACGAUCGAAAAGCCCUACGGACAUUAGGAAUAAUUAUGGGUGUCUUUAUCGUGUCAUGGCUUCCUUUCUUCUUGAUGUAUAUGAUUCUUCCUUUCUGUGAAGACUGUCAAAUUUCUCCCAUGAUGAUAUCUAUCAUCACCUGGCUGGGAUAUGGAAAUAGCUGUAUGAAUCCUGUGAUAUACGCCUUCAUGAACAAAGAUUUCAGAUGGGCGUUUAAGAAAUUGCUGACGUGCUCUCUUUAG